AUGUCCGAAACAUGAUACAUUUCCACUUCUCAUUCUUUCCAGCAGGAGCGUGAGACAGUUUUCCUAUCUGUUUAAACAAAUAGGAGGCACAAAGGACACACUGCUACACAGUGCAGAGAUACUGUUUUCACACACACACAGAUACAGUAACAGCAGCCAUGCCUCGCAUCGAGAACGACAUCAAACUCGACUUCAAGGAUGUGCUGCUCCGUACCAAACGCAGCACGCUCAAGUCCCGUAGUGAGGUGGAUCUGAUGCGCAGCUUUACUUUCCGAAACUCAAAAGGCAGUUACAGAGGUAUUCCCAUCAUCGCUGCUAACAUGGACACGGUUGGAACCUUUGAGAUGGCCGUGGCACUGCAUUCGUUCUCACUUUUCACUGCCGUCCACAAACAUUACUGCGUAGACGACUGGAAAGAGUUUUCAGCGAAGCACCCAGAAUGCCUAGAGAGCGUGGCGGUCAGCACUGGAACAGGCGAGAAUGAUUUCGAGAGGCUCGCUGCUAUUUUGGCAGCUGUGCCUCAGAUACAGUACGUUUGUGUCGACGUAGCGAAUGGAUAUUCGGAGCACUUUGUGCAUUUUGUCAAGGACGUGAGGCAGAAGUUCCCUUCACACACCAUCAUGGCUGGAAAUGUGGUCACGGGAGAGAUGGUGGAGGAGCUGAUUCUCGCUGGAGCUGACAUCAUUAAAGUGGGCAUCGGUCCAGGCUCAGUGUGUACAACCCGUAAGAAGACAGGUGUGGGCUACCCUCAGCUGAGUGCUGUAAUUGAGUGUGCUGAUGCUGCACAUGGCCUGGGUGGACACAUCAUCUCUGAUGGAGGAUGUACCUGUCCUGGUGAUGUCUCUAAGGCUUUUGGUGCGGGAGCGGACUUCGUGAUGCUAGGUGGAAUGUUGGCCGGUCACUCUGAGAGUGGGGGUGAGACCAUUGAGAAAAACGGCAAAAAGUACAAACUGUUCUAUGGCAUGAGCUCCGAUACGGCCAUGAAGAAGCACGCAGGAGGAGUAGCAGAGUACAGGGCGUCUGAGGGUAAGACAGUGGAGGUGUCCUAUAAAGGGCCAGUGGAGGUCACUGUGAAGGACGUACUGGGUGGUGUUCGCUCCACUUGCACCUACGUGGGAGCCGCGAAGCUGAAGGAGCUGAGUCGCCGUACCACCUUCAUUAGAGUGACUCAGCAACUCAACACUGUGUUUGGAAACAACGACUAACACAUCGCUGUUGCUCAUGAGUGCUGGUCUGGUCUGACAGAUUUACUGCAUUAGGUCAGAUUCCUGCAAAGGUUUAGAAUUUGCACAUCUUUUCUAGUCAUUCUGUAGUAGUCACCUGACAGUCACACACAAAUGCACACAGUGACAAACCUCACAUCUUUUCCUGCAGCAGUGUUAUGGUUGUGGCUGGCAAGGCUAAGAGAAAUUCACCUGCUUAGACUACAUCUAAAGACUAUUAUCAUUUGAACAUUUUUAUCGUUACUAGUAGUGUUUCUUAAAUUUAAUUCUCCAGGAAAUAUUCAAGAUCAUAUAUAAAACCCCAAACUGGACCAAAACUCAGACAGCAAUUGUUGCCAUUCCACUUAGUUUAGUAUAAAUAAUGUCUUAUAAAUAUCCUCUAUGCACUGAUGAAUAAAGCAGACGACUGUCAUCUUGGUACUGAAAUGA